GGCCGUGGCCCGGAAGUGGUCGGGGCCGCUGCGGACGGAAGGGCGCCUGUGCUUCGUCCGCUCGGCGGUGGCCCAGCCAGGCCCGCGGGACUCAGACCAGCGGGGAGCGCGGCCUCCGCCCUUGGGGCCCUCCCGCCGGGCCGGAGACCCAAGCCCCCAACGCCAGGCCCUGCCCUGGAAGCGCUCGCGGCCCGGCGCCUGGACGGGGGAGUUGUGAGUGAACGCGGACGGGGAGCGGUGAGGUCGGCGUGUCGGGCCGGUGUCGGCGGGCGCGGAGUUUCUUUGUGGGAUGCGGUGGAAGGUCGGCCGAUCCCCCCUUCGGAGUCAUUAAUUCAAACGUGUACUCCGCGAACGUUUCCCGGACUCCCGUGUGCAAUUAUCGGCGCUAGGCCGUGGGGAUACGGCCCACUAUGGACCGAGCACGGUGGCCGAGCUCAGUUUGAUGGGUUACCCCAGAGGGGCGGAUACGGGAAGGUUAAGGUUGUUGGAGGAGAAACGUGGAGUAGGCUUUUUGUCUUGAUUCCGCAUGAACUGUGCCUGAAAUGUACUUUUAAAUGGGGAAGGUGCUCUGAAGAUUUGUGCCGAAACGCCCUCUCCUCGAGAUUUAACUAAUUGUUCUCUCCUCUCUCUGGCUGUUGGACGCGCACCUUUCCGGAGGAUGGGGGAGGUAACCGAGGUCCUGAGCCGGUACCUGAACUUGGGCUGCUCUUUGGCGUAAAUUGCAAUCGAUUAGGGAUCGUUUCUCAGAAUCAAGUUAGAAGUGAGAGUUCAGAUAAGUGAGGCCGCCAUUGCUGCUUUGAACACCUCAGAAGGGGAGAAUGGAUUUAUCAGGAGUGAAAAAGAAGAGCUUGCUAGGAGUCAAAGAAAAUAAUAAAAAGUCCAGCACUAGGGCUCCUUCACCUACCAAACGCAAAGACCGCUCAGAUGAGAAGUCCAAGGAUCGCUCAAAAGAUAAAGGGGCCACCAAGGAGUCGAGUGAGAAGGAUCGCGGCCGGGACAAAACCCGAAAGAGGCGCAGCGCUUCCAGUGGUAGCAGCAGUACCAGGUCUCGGUCCAGCUCGACUUCCAGCUCAGGCUCCAGCACCAGCACUGGCUCAAGCAGUGGCUCCAGCUCUUCCUCAGCAUCCAGCCGCUCAGGAAGCUCCAGCACCUCCCGCAGCUCCAGCUCUAGCAGCUCUUCUGGCUCUCCAAGUCCUUCUCGGCGCAGACACGACAACAGGAGGCGCUCCCGCUCCAAAUCCAAACCACCUAAAAGAGAUGAAAAGGAGAGGAAAAGGCGGAGCCCAUCUCCUAAGCCCACCAAAGUGCACAUUGGGAGACUCACCCGGAAUGUGACAAAGGAUCACAUCAUGGAGAUAUUUUCCACCUAUGGGAAAAUUAAAAUGAUUGACAUGCCCGUGGAAAGGAUGCAUCCCCAUCUGUCCAAAGGCUAUGCGUACGUCGAGUUUGAGAAUCCAGAUGAAGCUGAGAAGGCGCUGAAGCACAUGGAUGGAGGACAAAUUGAUGGCCAGGAGAUCACUGCCACCGCCGUGCUGGCCCCCUGGCCUAGGCCACCCCCCAGGAGAUUCAGCCCUCCCAGGAGAAUGUUGCCACCACCGCCUAUGUGGCGCAGGUCUCCCCCACGGAUGAGGAGAAGGUCCCGCUCCCCGAGGCGCAGGUCCCCCGUGCGCCGGAGAUCACGGUCCCCGGGCCGCCGCCGCCACAGGAGCCGCUCCAGCUCCAACUCCUCCCGAUAAACAGGCCACUGAAGCUCUCGCCCCUGUAACUUAUACCCCACCCAGCUCAGUUUUGUCACUUUUCUAGCCAAAGGAAGACCAGUAGGAAAGCAAACCCUUGACUCUGGCAGGAUUUGCAGGCAGCAGGCAGCACCCCUCUGCCAGCCGGGCUCCGGCUGCAGAAGUGCUGUUGGUUUGGAUGCCGUGUGCCUGUCAAGAUUCCCUCCGGUUUUCUGGCUAGAAAGCUCACCCGUUUCCUGUUUCUAAGAAUCAGUUCAGUGGCAGAGCCACCAGGGACAAGUGAGGCUCUUGGGGGUGGUUUGACCCUGCUUACCUGGGAGCACACUUUUCCCUUCCCCGAUGACCUGGGAUGGUGGCCAGGCCGUGCCCUUGCUGUUGCUGGGCAGUGUCCUUUUGGAAAGGGAGCUGCCCCAGGCUUUAGUGCAGCUGCCAACCCUGUUAGGCCUGGCCUCUCGAGGCCUCUUCUGACUUCAAGGGUCACACCCCCCCAAAGAUCCUCUCACCCAUGGUAGUUGCUGCUCAUGGUUCUGUCUGUCCAUGCACCGAUGCACACACCGCACCCCACCACUGUACUCUGAAAUUGGCGAGUGAGUUGAGAGCCAGCUCUGCGGGGUCAUCACGCAGCCAUGGUUGUGCCUGCCCUUCAUGGUGGUCUUUCAGGUUAUCUUGGCAACAUGUACAUUGCUUUUAUUUUUUUUCUUUUUUGCUUUUAUUGUACAGUCAGUACUAUGAAAUUUCUCUUUUGAGUUUUAUACCUUUGUAGCAUUUUAGAUGACAUUGUGUUUGUACUUUGUUGUGUAGAGUGGAAGAAUUGUGUUGAAUAAACCCAAGAUCGGAAUGCAAA